AUGGCUGCCCCCGUUCUUCCUCUGCAGCAGGUCAAGCUGCCUGCGCUGCCCUCGACCCGGUUGACCCCAGAGCAACAGUACUGGAAGACAUUCAAGAAUCCUCUCCUGAUCCCUUCUCCCGCCAACGGCCCCAUCAAUCUCAUCACGCAACCCGCCGCCCCGUCCUCCGCCUCGGCCUUCCCCUCCCUCACACAACCCCCCGAUGUCUUCACCGUGACCACCGGCGCACGGGUCCAGAUCUACUCCAUCCGCACCCGCAAGCUCCUCCGCACCAUCACCCGCUUCGAUGAUACCGUCCGCGGCACGGACGUGCGGCCCGACGGCCGCGUAGUAGUGACCGGUGACGACACGGGCACAGUGCAGGUCUUCGACGUAGCGUCGCGGGCGAUCCUCAAGACGUGGAAGGAGCACCGGCAGCCGGUGUGGGUGACCAAGUUCUCGCCGAGCGACCCAACCUCCGUGCUGAGCGCGAGUGACGACCGCACGGUGCGGCUGUGGGAUCUGCCGAGCGAGAGCAGCGCGCGGACGUUCGUCGGGCACACGGACUACGUGCGCAGCGGCGCUUUCAUGCCCGGUUCGCUGGCCUCGUCGGGGCUGGUGGUGUCGGGCAGUUAUGACCGGACGGUGCGGCUGUGGGAUCCGCGGGUGGAGGGCCGCGCGGCGAUGACGUUCAAGAUGGCGGCGCCGAUUGAGAGCGUGUUGCCCAUGCCGACGGGGACGACGCUGCUCGCUUCGGCGGAGAACAAGAUCGCGGUCCUGGAUAUCGUGGCGGGUAAGCCGCUGCAUAUGAUCCAGAGUCAUCAGAAGACGGUGACGGCGCUGGCGCUGGCGUCCAACGGCGAGCGCUUGCUCAGUGGUGCGCUGGACGGACACAUGAAGGUGUUUGAGACAACGGGGUGGAACGUGGUGUCCGGCUCCAAGUAUCCCUCCCCGAUCCUGUCGCUGCGCGUGAUCACAUCGGGCGUGAGCCGGGAGGACAAGCACAUCGCAGUGGGCAUGCAAUCGGGUCUUCUCUCAAUCAAGACCCGGUUGUCGGGCCAGCAGAAGAUCAAGGAGCGCGAGCGGCGCAAGGAGAUGCAGGCGCUGCUGGAGGGCAAACUCGAAGAGCACGACCGCAAGAUGGCCAAGGAGAAGAAGCUGCGCGGCUCGGGAUGGGAGAAACGGCUGCGCGGCCGCGAUUUCAUCGGCGAAGGAGUGGACAUUGUGAUCGAGGGGCAGGAUAAACGGAAGCGGAAGAAGGAGCAGACGUGGGAGUACGAUCUGCGCAAGGCGCGGUACUCGGCGGCGCUGGACCAGGUCCUGUCGUCGAGCGACAAGACAGCACAGCUGACGCUGUUCACGGCGCUGCGACACCGCUCCGCGCUGCGGGCGUCGCUUCAAGGACGGGACGAGGAGACGCUGCAGCCAGUGCUGCAGUGGGUGCACAAGAACAUCACGGAACCGCGCCUGGUGAAGCUAUGCGUGGAGGUGGCGAUGAACAUCCUGGACAUCUACUCGGGGAAUCUCGGCCAGUCGGCGCAGAUCGACAAGUUGGUGGACCGGCUGCAUCGGCGUGUGCGUGACGAGGUAGAAAUGGCGCAUCAGGCGUGCCAGACCAAGGGGAUGUUGGACAUGUUACGGGCUACCUAA